UUCCUCCAUCCACUCUAACUUAACAUGGACUCUAUCAAACUCUCAUCUCUCUCUCUCUACCUCUUUCUCAUUUUCAUUAUCUGUUUUCCCCAACAUUCCCUCUCAUGCGGCUCUUGCAACCCCCAGAAGGGCGGAAAGCCCUCCGUUAAACCCCCAGUACACGUUCCAAAGCUACCAGUUCCUCCAGUAACCGUCCCAAAGCUACCCGUUCCUCCGGUGUCAGGGCUACCCAUUCCUCCGGUGUCAGGGCUACCUGUUCCUCCUGUGACCGUCCCAAAGCUACCUGUCCCAAAAAUACCGGUUCCCCCUAUAACUGUCCCUUCGCUACCCCCCAAGCUACCUGUCCCAAAGCUGCCCGUUCCUCCGGUGUCAGGGCUACCCAUUCCUCCUGUUUCAGGGCUACCCAUUCCUCCGGUGUCAGGGCUACCCAUUCCUCCUGUUUCAGGGCUACCCAUUCCUCCGGUGGUAGGCCCCAAGCUGCCACUGCCACCUUUGCCAAUUGUUGGUCCCAUUCUCCCACCCGGGACAAAGCCACCGGCCCCAGGAGGCGGGGAUUGUCCUCCACCCCCAAAGAGUGGGAAGGCGACAUGUCCAAUAAACACUCUAAAGUUGGGUGCCUGCGUUGAGUUAUUGGGUGGUUUAGUAAAGAUAGGGCUUGGGGAUCCAACUGUUAACAAAUGCUGUCCGUUACUUAAAGGCCUGGUUGAAGUGGAAGCUGCCGCUUGUCUCUGCACUACUCUUAAGAUCAAUGCUCUUGACCUCAAACUCUACGUCCCUGUUGCUCUUCAGAUUCUUCUUACCUGUGGCAAAAAUCCACCUCCAGGCUACACUUGUUCCAUAUGAUAAAGCUCACUUCACUUGAAGGAUAGUUUGGAGAAAGAAGUGAGAAGAGAAAAGCAGAGCUACAAUAUUUCCUUUGUUGGUUUAUCAAAUCAUAUCAUAUCCCGUUGAUUCUUUCCUCUAUAUAUCGUUCCCUCUGCUUGUAUCAACAAUUAAUGUGUGUGUUUCUAGACAAAUGAUUCUUCUCUAUCUAUUAAAUGAUUUGAAAUAUUUUUUAUUUAUUUA